GCUGUCGAGGCAUCGUCGUUAAGCUGGGGCACCAGAGUGAAGGGCUUCAUCGCCUGCUUCGCCAUCGGGAUUUUCUGCUCACUGCUGGGGACGCUCCUGCUCUGGGUGCCCAGGAAGGGCCUGCACCUCUUCGCGGUGUUCUACACGCUGGGCAACAUCGCGUCCAUUGGGAGCACCGUCUUCCUCAUGGGCCCCGUGAAGCAGCUGAAACGGAUGUUCGAGCCCACACGCCUGAUCGCGACCAUUAUGGUGCUGCUGUGCUUCGCCCUCACCCUGUGUUCUGCCUUUUGGUGGAAGAAACAGGGACUCGCGCUCAUCUUCUGCAUUUUGCAGUCUCUAGCCUUGACAUGGUACAGCCUGUCCUACAUUCCAUUUGCAAGGGACGCAGUGAAGAAGUGUUUCACUGCGUGUCUCGCCUGAUUGCCGGCGGUCGUGUGUUGCUGGGGAGGACCUGGCUGGAAGCCGGGAAGACGGCCUCGUGAGAACCUCCCGACCCUCGUCUCGAUGGGCCUUCAUCUUGCAGCGCCUGUGGCUCUGGACUCAAACCCUUUUUGGAAGCAGUGGUGCCCCCACCCCUGCUGUCUAUAGCGCCGUAACGAGAGGCGGGCUCUGUGUCUUCCAGAGCAGGGUCUGUCCUGGGCACCCGUGUCCUCUUUGGGAGGUGUCCCGUGGGGUCUCGGUCAAAAAGCACCUUGUUAAAUAGCCCGGGAGUAGCCUGGGAAGGGGGCACCGGGGGAGCCAGUGAUGUCCGAUGGCAGUGGACAGCCCCACGGGGCGCAGCACCAGAGGACAGUGGGGGCGUGCAGACUUGUCCCUCAGCAUGGAGACCAUCCCACCUCACCGUGAGCACACGCUUCUCUGGUGUCUGAGGACAGGGCUCUGCCUCUCCAUGGCCCUGCGGCGACGUCAGAGGGCAUCUGGAAGAACCUCCCCGGCCCCCCCUUUACCGUGUCCUGGCACCCGACAGCUGGGCGGAGGACGGGGCAGCCCCAGCGCACGCUGCCGUUGCCGCUGGGUGAGGGCCAGCAGGAGGCGGAAAGGCUUGCUCGCUGCCGUGUACUCUUCUCCAUUACUCCUGAGUGUUUGCUUUGAAUUGAUUUAUUUCCAUUCCAUUUAUUUUCCGUUCUCCUCUGGAGUGGGGUCUGGGAGCAGGUGGGCUGUGGAAGCAGCCGAAGUGGAAGGCCUGCCCAGGGGCCCUUAGGGAGCCACGUUUGUGCGAGAGCCUGGGCCGAGGUCAGGGGAGGACCACAGGCUGUGGGCCCCGCUGUGGCUGGUACCUACCACAUGCUCUUCUGUCCCUGAUGGGCUCAGCUGUGAGCCUGUGACCGUGUGGGGACGUCCCCUCUGUGUGGUACGGAAGUCGAGGCCCAGCAGGGCCCUGACAUAGACCCCUGUGUGAGCUGGUGUCUCUGGUCAUGCUUCCUAUGACCCACAACCUCCUUCCCUGUCGCCAUGAGCCAAGUCUGGGCCUUGUCUGGUUCCUGUCUCAGUGUGCGACACCCCCAACCCCGUCCUCCCCGCACCCCCUGCUUCGGCAGCCUGUUCUGGACCGCAGGGCGCUCACCGUCCCUCGUGUGCCCGUCAGCUCCUCCUUGCUGCCCGGCUCCCAACAGCCCCAGCCCCCCACGUGUGGAGUCUGCAGUGCCACCUUUCUGCUCUGCUGGGGCAGCUGGUCCACUCAGGCUCCUGACCGCACCUCCAGUCCCUCCUGGCUGUGGCUAAGAACCCACCGGGCUCUGCGGAGCUGGGAGGUGUGAGCCUGCCUAUGGGGCCUGGGUAGGGGCUGGACGUCCCGCGUCCUGUCUCUGCUGUCGAGGGCGUCCCAUCCAAGUCUUCAGCCAGGAAGGAAACCCUCUGUGACCCUCCGGCUGCUGGGGCUCUCUCACAGCCUGGGCCCCGGUCUCAGAAGGGUUCCUUGCCCCUCUGUGGAUCUGACACGAGGCUCCGUGGUCACUCGGGAGCUCUGACCAGCCUGGAGUCACACCCUUACCAGGUGCCGCCAUCGCAUCCUCACUGCUGGCUGGGCUUCGUGGGGCAGGAGGCAAAGUGCCUUCUGAAAUAUAUCCACCGUGUCCAUGGUGGCAGUGUGUGUGGCUCGAAGCCAGCAGGCCUGGUGAACCGUGGCUUGGUCACGUACAGUCAUGUCAGCCUCUGGUUCCUCGGCCUGCAAGUCUGUUUUAGGGGGGUGACCGCCCCUGCAGGGUCCUUGCAAGAUGUCCACCGGGCAGUGUGUGGCAGGGCUAGUCGGCGGCAGCCACAGUGAAGGGCGGGUGUUAAUUCAUCCCGGAGACAGCUGGCAACCUCUGAAGGUGGCAGGCUGCAGGUCUCUGGAGCGUCAGGUCAGUGGAGCUAACAGAUGUGGAUCAGGUGUAUUCAGCCAGCGCCAGGGACGCUGCGGGUGGGGUCACUUGUCUCCACCCCCGAGUGUGAGGGCCUGCCCAGGUCCCACCAGGGGUGCAGCCGGGAGGGGCUCCCUGGAGAUCGCUCUUGCUAAAGGCUCUUCCUCCUGCAAGCUCAUGGCCUGUGGUGAGGGCUCAGCCAGCCCCAGGCAGGAUGCAGCCCGGAUCUGCAGACCCUGCGUCCCCAGCUCCCUGCCGUUGUUUGCCCCCACUUGUCACUGUCUGGACCGAGGGAGGAGGAAGCCCACCGCACAUCUGCUGCCGUCAGUUGCCCGGCAGUGGUAGAGGCAGAGGCAGCCCUUGAACUGGGUGAGAUGAGUUGGAGUCGGCAUUUGGGCUUUGUGGCUCGCAGGGUUGUGUCCCUCUCCCGAGCCUCCCCCAACCCCAGCCGCUGUAGGUGAGGGGUCUCUGUACGGAGGUGGUUCAUGCAGAUGGGCACGUGGCCUCAGCCAGGCUCUGCUUCCAGCUGAGUGUGGGUGCUGCACUGCCCAGACACUGUCACCUGUGGGCAUGCGUGGUGUGCACUGGGGGCACACCCCACGAUGGCCUUUCCCCCUCCAGGCCUGGGCUGGGUGGCAGGUCAGCAGGCCAUCCCCCAGCUCCCCGACUGCCCUCUCCAGGCCUGCUGUCCGGAAGGCCCCCUUUUUUCUGAACAUACUUGGGGGAGCUGUUGGUUCUGCACUGGAAAGGCGAGGCGCUGCCCGGUCUCAGUUUUACUGGGAUGGCUGUCUCAGUCCUGCAGUGUCCGUGGGCUGGCUGCCUGAGGCCUUGCCCCCCACCCUCAUCACUGCGUGCUCAGGGAGCAGAGGGGCAGGGGAAUGCACUCCAAGUGCAGGCAGUCCUUGACACCCCAUGGAGCAGACAGCCACCAGUGGGCUGUGCCUCGGGCAGGAAGAGCGCCAAGACCGACCAGCAGGGAAGUCGAAACGCCGCCCCUGGCCGACUUCUGUCCUGUGGGACAGCCACCCCGGGCCUGCCUUCUGUCCCCUGAAGCUUCUGACAGCCAACCACAGGUUGACAAAUACUCUAAAUGGGCAGUUAUCCUAAAACUCAUUUUCAGCAGAUAAACAAUAGCAACAACAAUCAGUAUUGACAGGCGUCCGCAGCCAUUUGCUAGACUUUUGGCAUAGGUUUUGUGAUUUAAAAAUCCAGAUUUUCUUGGCACGUUUAAGGUGUGCAGUAGUUUAUUUGCAGAUAGCAUUAAAAACACAAAGCGAGUAGGCCUUCAGCUGGACUUAAAGACAGAUCUCCGUCUGUGCAGCUCUUCCUACGGCAGCAAAGGACUGAAAGUGAGUUUCUUACGGAAAACGUGGCUGGGAGGUCAGAUGAUGCAACUUGCCAGGUAACGACCUUACGAAUUGGAGUUCUCGUGAGGUUUUUGUUGAGUAAGGAGCGUGGUGGCGGCUGGCCCCUGGUUCACGCAGGGCAGGCACGAGCUCCGCGCUGGCUGCUUCCAGCUCUCCCCAGCUGCUGGGGACACCUCCAGGUCCUCAGCUUUGCCUGGUUGCUCAGGUCUCCUGAGGAAGACAAGGUGGGACACCAUCGUGAGCAGGGCUGAGAAGCCGAGUGGGCCGGAAGUGCGCAGGCGAUUUCUGUAGGUGAGGCUGGAACCAGGGUGCGAGGCCCGUGACGGGACGCUCUGCUGUGUAAAGGGCAGUGUGGGCACAGCUAAGAGCAGUGUGUACGUUCGCAGCAAAGCGACACCGCGUCUGAUGCACAGCCACAGAAGACGACCGCAGAGCAAAACAAACAAGGUUCCUCUAGUAGUGAUGUGCUGUGGUGAAAUGGGACAAAAGAAGGAAAAAGAAGAGACAGUCUGGUCCCCGGCUGGCUGCAGCACCCUUCGGAGGCAUCCGUGUCAGAUCAAGGCUGGUCCACACCACAGGAGGGGACGGGCUUGUCUCACUCUGCUGAAGCUUCCACCUGCGUUCCCUCCUGAAGGAGCGCUCUCGUUUACAUUCAGUGGUGUGGUCUUUCUGCUAUGAAAAGUGCUUAUUGUACAUAUUUCAGUACUUUUGCUUGACUUAGCAACCUUGAAUAAGCUAUGGGGGAAAAUUAACCCUCUGAACUCUGGUCUUUGCCUUUGUAAAUUCUGAUUGCAAAGGGUGAGAGGGGGUCGGAGAGCCCCUGUGGGUUUAUGCCUUUGAAUCUGGUGCCUAUUCUAAUAUGAUGAACCUUGAAAGCACUUUGUUAAAACACAAAUCAAUCUUUGUAAUUGUAUUACUAAUUUUGAAUGCUACUGAUUGCAGAUCUGAAAAGUUUAUAUCCAAAAAUAUAUUCUUGAGUACUACUUUUUGUACCUUGAGAAUCUAUUUCAUAUAAUAAAUACUGUUUUUCUCUUUGCCUUUUUUACUAAUUUCAGAGAGAAAGAAUGUUGUAGGUAACUAAGCUGAACACCCUGGUACCCCCAAAUCACAAUGAUUAUUUUGCUUUUUGGGCCUUUUCUAAUAAAGGGUGGAAUUAUGAUC